CACUUGAAUGGUUGGCGCCUAAACGGUAGAGUCAUUGGUAUCUAUGAGUUACGGUACGGAGGCGAUGCUUAAUUGGUUAGCUUAAGCUAGUGAAUGUGAAAUGCUUCGUUUGGAGUUAGAAAUGAGGUCUAGUUACAUACAGAAUAUUGCGUCCGAGGUGGGCGAACGUCUUGAUACCGUGUUCGAGUUGUUCUAGCAAAUAAGACAACAUAGUAGAAUAGUCGAAGAUGACACAGUCGAUAAUAGUCCAAGUUGGUCAGUGUGGCAAUCAGGUGGGAUGCAGGUUCUGGGAUCUCGCUUUGAGGGAACACGCCCACAUCAAUACAAAAGGAGUCUAUGAUGAAGCACUGAGCAGCUUCUUUAGGAAUGUGGACACCAGGAGAAGUGAUGGGGAGAACGACAUCACAUCUGGAAAAAUUAGAUCCCUCAGGGCAAGGGCUGUUCUCAUUGACAUGGAGGAAGGUGUGGUAAACGAGAUCCUGCAAGGUCCCCUGAGAGAUGUGUUUGACAGCACACAGCUCGUCACAGAUGUCUCAGGUUCCGGCAAUAACUGGGCGGUGGGACACAAGGUGUAUGGGCCGGCGUGCAGGGAUCACGUGGUGGAGAAGGUGCGCCGAGCAGCAGAGCACUGUGACAGCCUGCAGUGCUUUUUCCUCAUCCAUUCUAUGGGCGGAGGCACUGGCUCUGGUCUAGGUACACACGUGCUGAGCCUCUUGGAAGACGAGUUCCCAGAAGUUUGCAGGAUCGUUACAUCUGUGUACCCUUCUGCUGAGGACGAUGUCAUCACAUCCCCCUAUAAUAGUGUCUUGGCCAUGCGAGAACUGACAGAGCAUGCUGAUUGUGUGUUGCCUGUUGAGAACCAGUCUCUAGUUGAUAUAAUAAACAAGAUACAACAAAUGGCCCACUCUGGGAAACCCAGUCAAGUAAUCCGGAAGGAAAGCACCCUCAUAUCAGGCCGAGGUGGAGUCGGUGGGACUGAAAAGCCCUUUGAUGCCAUGAACAACAUUAUAGCCAAUUUACUGCUUAAUCUGACCAGCUCUGCUCGAUUCGAGGGCUCACUAAACAUGGAUCUCAACGAAAUUGCUAUGAAUCUUGUGCCAUUUCCACGGCUUCACUAUCUGGUCUCUAGCCUCACCCCACUCUACACACUGGCAGACGUCAACAUCCCCGUCAGGAGGUUAGAUCAAAUGUUCACAGAUGCCUUCAGCAAAGAUCACCAACUUAUCCAGGCAGACCCAAAGCACAGCCUCUACUUGGCCUGUGCCCUUGUUGUCCGCGGUAACGUACAAGUGUCUGACCUCCGCAGGAACAUCGAGAGGUUGAAGCCCUCCCUGUCUUUUGUGUCCUGGAAUCAGGAGGGAUGGAAGACAAGCCUUUGCUCAGUCCCACCUGUGGGCCACAGCCACUCACUGCUGGCCUUAGCCAACAACACCUGUGUGAAGCCCACUUUCACUGAGCUCAGAGACAGGUUCAUGAAGCUCUACAGGAAGAAGGCCCACCUGCAUCAUUACCUGCAUGUGGGGGGCAUGGAGCAUGCCUGCUUUUCAGAAGCUGUCACCUCUCUGUCAUCUCUCAUCGAGGAAUACGACCAGCUAGAGAGCACCAAGAGCCUGCUGUGGUCUGAUGCACCUCGGCUCCAGGUGGCCACAUGAAGGUCCGCAAGCUUUAGAGUUCGCAGUGGUCGGGUUUGCUGCUACAGUUUUGCUUUGUCAUUCUAUGUGUGCAAGUAUGGCCUGCCUCCUCCCCUCAUGUUUGUAUACAUACAUAUGGUUUUUGUCUGUGUACAUCCACACAUUGUUGUUUCUUUAUAUUUCUUCCUCAUUGAUUCAACUGCAGAUUGUAUGUAAAAAAAAAA